UAUGGACUUGGAGGAGCAAGAAAACGAGCUCCUUGCUCUCCAAAGUAUCCUGGGCUCAGAGGAGUUUGUUCGGCAUGGACAAAAGACUGCUGGAGAAGUGAGAUUGUCAACAGAACUGCCUUCCGGCUUCAUGGUGGCACUCAGAGAAGGUGACACACUGAAACAGUAUGAGAUAUCGUUCCUUCCACCACUGCUUCUGACCUUUGAUUUCCCCGAGGAUUAUCCCUCUUCCUCCCCGCCCUCCUUCAUUCUCUGCUGUAGCUGGCUGACACACAAACAGCUUGGUACUUUGGGGGCUCAUCUCAUUGAACUCUAUCAAGCAACUGGAGGUGAUGUGGUGAUCUUCUCCUGGGUACAGUUUCUCAGGGACGAUACUCUGAGAUUCCUGAACAUCAGUUCUCUGCUGGAACUUUACAAUGAACACAGCACACCGUACAACAGUAAAGACAGAGGUGUCCAGAGUUGUCACCUUACAGAUAAAUCGGUGGCCAGCAGUCAUGACGACUGUGGAGAGUCUUCAAUUCCUGAGUCCUGUGAGUUUAGUAAGGACUCUUCUGUCCUAUUCAGUGAAGACGAAACCUAUGAAGGAGCUGAAAACGACAGAACCACUCACAACCAACCGGUGUCUGGUGUCUCCUUAACUCCAGCACAAUCAAUCAUGGCUGAAAUAUUGAUUCAUGAUGCAGCCCAAACCCACAAAGUUUUUCAAAGCACAGUAUUUGAUUGCGCUGUGUGUUUUAUGAGCUACCUCGGUUCAGAGUGUGUACAGAUAAAGGAAUGUGGACAUGUCUUUUGCCAGCCCUGUCUAUCUGAGUUCUGUAAGCUACAAAUAACUGAAGGAAAUGUCCACAGCGUCACGUGUGCUCAGGCAGGCUGCACAGCUUUCCCCACACCUGCACAGGUAAAGAGUCUGGUAGGGGAGGAACUGUUCAGCCGUUAUGACCGUCUUCUUCUGCAGUCUACUCUGGACUCUAUGGCAGAUGUGAUGUACUGCCCACGGAACACCUGUGCCUCACCUGUGAUUCUGGACAAAGCCAGCAAUGUUGCACUCUGCUCCGUAUGUGGCUUUGCCUUCUGUGUUUCCUGCAAAAAGACCUACCAUGGAACAGGUGACUGCAAGGCAAAUGGGAUGCUGAAGAAACAUCAAAAAAAUGACCUACAGCAAGGUGAUGCAGACCUACCCCAGUCUAUUGAGGGUAAGACAGCUCUGUGGCACGACUACACCACUGGCAGUAAACAAAGGAAACGCUUGCUAGAGAGCAGGUACGGUCGACAAAGUCUGUUUGGCCCUCUUGAGGACUUCCUAAGUGAAGACUGGAUGACUUCCAACAGCAAAAAUUGCCCCAACUGCUUCUGCAGAAUACAAAAAAACAUGGGGUGCAAUAUGAUGACUUGCACACAGUGCAGACGCCCGUUUUGCUGGGCCUGCCUGGCCAGGCUUUCGUACCAAGAUGCAUAUAAACACUUUCAGGACAAUGGAUGUAACCAGUACCAAUACAACCUAUAACUAACACUCAGGCAGAACACGUUUCUGCUCAUAUAGUAUAAAGUACAAGUCCUGCUCAUACUGUAUACAUGAAUACUGUAUAUUGAAUAGACUAAGAUGUGUACUUCAGUUAGUGUUGAAGGAUUAGUAUUUAUCUAGUACUGUACAGUUGUCCCUUGUUUAUCACCGUUAAUUGGUUACGUGAAUUUCUGCAAAGUAGGAUUCAAUAUUAAUAAAAGGAAUAUUUUUGUAAUUACAUCAGUAAUGGUGUAAAUGUGAGUGCAGAUGAUUCUCAGUACAAAAAACACAUUUUCAUUGAGUGGCAUAUUUCUUUAUGGACAACAACAUCAUGACAAUUCUAAUGCCCCAGUACAU